AUGGAGACCCGGAGGGGAGCUCGAGGGCUUUCUCACCAGAGACGUUCCUCUAGAGCGCCUCAGGUGCUGGUAGACGGCGGUGACAGCAUGGCCAAUUCCAUCAUCUGCACCGACAAUCCUGGGAACAUCCUCUCAACUCUGACAUCCACUGAUGAACAGCAUCCCUUUGAAUUGGCUCGGGAAGCUACAGAGAAUUGUGAGCGCAUGUGGCAACAGUUUGAUCAAGUAGAGGAGAGAACCCAGAGGAUCAGAAGCCAAUACCAGCUCAUAGACUCUCUGCUAGAAGAAAUCAGAAGUGACUGUGCAAAGUUUGAGAAGUCCAAGGAAAUGCUGCUGCAACGCACUGGAAUCCCGGAGACAGCAGCCUUAUGUCUGCAGCAGCAGAACACCAAGCAGCAGAAGGAAGCAUCAGCCCAGGCAGAAGAGGCAGAGCAGCAGGACUGGAUGGAGGUUUCCCAGGAGCAAGAGUCAUCGAGCUGGUGUCUGGAGCAGCUGAGCCAGGAAUCCUCUGGCCAAGGACAUGAAGUGGCCCAGGUGUGGCGAGAGGAGGAGCUGCUGGCCCAGAAGGCUGACCUUGAGGGCCGACUGGCAGCCAGCGAGGGGCUCCGACAAGACCUUGCCAGGCAGCUGGAGGAGACCAGGUCAGCAAAGGAGAGCCUGCAAUCCAGACUGUUUGCUGCUCAGCUGCAGAUGGCUCAGCUGCAGAUGACCUGGAAGCGUGUGGAGGCAGAGCUGCAAGGGGAGCUGCAGGGAGCUCGCAGAGAAGCCCAGGCAGCUCAGAGGAGGCACAAGGAUGAGCUACAAGACUUCAAAGAGGAAAGGGAUCUCCUCCUUGAGCAGAGGGAGGCUCUACAAAAGCAGGUGGGUGUGUUGACACUGCCCGAGGUGCACUGUAAGGAGCUGGAAACAUCCAUCAGCUUCACCUUGGGGCUGAUUCUGUCUCUGGAGGAAAAGGAUGUGUGCCUCAGAACGCUGGAAGAACAGAACCUGGCACUGAACAAUCAGGUGUCUCAGUGUCAAUCUGCUCUUCAGCAGGCCAAACAGCUCUCCUCAAACCGCGCUGGACAACUGCGGGAGCUCAAAACACAGAUCCGGGCCCUGCAGGACGCAGUGCUGCAGAUGGAGGCUUCCCAGGCAACUCAACAGAAGCAGCUGCUGAAGGAGCUGGAGGAGUCUCGAGCAGGAGAACGCUCUUUGAGGGACUCUGUGCACGUGCUGCAGGCUGAGGUGUCUGAGCUGCGUGUGAGGCUCCAGAGCUCUGAUGACAAAGCUCUUGCCUUGGCCCUACAGUGUGAGGCUGUGGAGCUGGAGCUGAGGAAGACACAAGCUCAGAGAGACAACCUCAGAGCCCGCAACCUGGAGCUGCAGAAGGAGUUGGAGGAAAUUGAACAAGAUUGCGUGGAGGCAGAAGCCAAGCACAUCUGUCUCCAAAUCGCCCUGGAGAAAGAGGCCACUGAAAGGCAGGAAGAGGCUGUGGCUCUUCGACAGGAAGUGGCAUCUCUGAAGAGGAAAUUGGAAAAGCUGGAGAAGGAAAGGAAGGAUGUGCUGGUGGCCCUGCUGCAGUCACAGCUGGCCCAAGAGCGACAGCACCACCUGGAGAGCUGUGCAGGGAGCAGGCAGGAGACACAAGCACCCACGCAGAUGGUGAGGAUCUUCCUUGGUGAUGGCGAGUGUGGAAAAGUCCCCGUCAACCAGCAGCUGCAGCAACCAAUGGGCUCACCUAUGGAUGGCAAGGAGAAUUCUGAAGCAGUGCUGGGACCAGCACAAGAGCUGCCCAAAGUGCCCUGCUCCUAG